GCUCUACACACGUUCUAAUGGCUGCUUGCUGACACAUUUCUGCAAUAGCAGUGAAUUUUCUACUUUUUGAUUAUUUACUUGACGUAAUCAAUCUUCUCCAAGAAAAAUGCCGGUUGCUGACAAUGAAGUUAAAUCCAGUUGGGCCGAUGACGUUGAGGAUAUCGAUGGUCUCGGUUUACCCCCUAACACUGAAGAAUACAAAAAUGGGCUGAAAAUUGUCACAGAGUAUGGUCUUGAUGAUGAUAAUAGGAAGUUCAAGGUGGUGCGUACUUACAAAAUAGAGAAAAGGUAUGUAGCUAAAGCCAUUGCCCAGCGUAAAAGUUGGCCAAAAUUUGGUCUUUCCAAGGAAGACAAACCAGGACCAAACCCUGCAACAACAAUUGUAUCUGAAGAUGUAGCCAUGCAGUUUAUUACAAACAAAGAGGAUCCUGAUAACAAGGAAGAUGACCCUCUAAUGAAGUUAAAAAGCAUGCAGAAGGGCAUUGUUAAGUGUCGUAUCUGUAAAGAGGACCAUUGGACAACACAAUGUCCUUACAAGGACACACUUUUGCCUGUCCAAGAAGCACUCAAUAAGGCUGAGGAGAAGAAGGCCGGCCCGCCUCCUGCCGCAGCUGCUGCUGGAGGACCGCAAGCCAAGGGUGGUAAAGAAGGAAGCGCCUAUAUUGCACCUGCACUUCGUGAUGGUGGCAACAGAAAAGGAGAGACUAUGGCUAUGGGUCGACGAACUGAUGAAGGGUGCACUGUACGAGUAACCAACCUCUCGGAAAACGCUCGCGAUUCCGAUCUUCAAGAAUUGUUCGGCCGUAUUGGCGAAAUCUCACGCAUCUUCCUCUCUAAGGACAAAAACACUGGCCAAUCCAGAGGUUUUGCAUUUGUCAGCUACAAACGACGAGAAGACGCCGAACGAGCAAUCAAGACCUUGAAUGGUUUUGGUUACGACCAUCUUAUCCUGACUGUCGAAUGGUCUAAACCAUCGGGAACACAGUGAAAAAAAGCCUAAAAUUCCUUCAUCAAAUAUUGGAUGCUACGAUCAUGUAAAGGGAUAAAAAAAAUACACGCAAAUGGAUUCCAA